AUGUCGUCUGAGCUUGCAUCAGGGCCUCUUCCGGCAGAUAUCGAAGAGGUUGUGGCGAACAUUGUGAGGGAAAAGGGCGUUGGACUCCUCACAUAUGGAGAUCUUCGUCUUCUUCUUGAAGCCAAGUACCAUAUUGAGUUUGCAUCACACAGGGCUUCUUUAGAUGAGAUUCUGGGUAAACUAUUGCAACUCCCAGAGUUCAGGAAGCAGGUGGAGAAGGCUGAAAGGGAGAAGAGGGAGGCAAGCAAAAUUGGUGGUAAGGGAAAGAAGCGCAGUGCGAGUGCCAAACAGGAUGAGCAAGAAACCAAAAAGGCCAAAAAGGAGAAGAAACCCGAUGACUAUCCCAAGGCGGCACUCACAGCAUACAUUCUCUUUGGAAAUGACCAUCGUGACAAGGUAAAGGCAGAAAAUCCAGAUAUGAAAAACACUGAAAUUAUUCAGAAGUUGGGAAAAAUGUGGGCAGAGUCCUCAGAUGCGGUGAAGUUAAAGUACAAGAACAUGGCAGAGGAAGACAAAAAACGUUUUGAACGUGAACUCAGCGAGUACAAGAAGAGCGGUGGUGAGGUGUUCAAACGUGGUGGUGGCAAGGUAAAGACGAAGGAUGAAAAUGCCCCAAAGAGGUCCAUGUCGGCCUAUUUCUUUUUCACGAGUGACUUCCGCAAGAAGAACCCCGACCUCAGCGUGACAGAGACUGCAAAGGCGGCAGGCGCUGCAUGGAAGGAGCUCUCGGAGGAGAUGCGAAAACCAUAUGAGGCCAUGGCCCAGAAGGACAAGGAACGCUAUCAAAAAGAGAUGGCGGCAAGGUCUAACUGA